AUGGUAUUUGUGGUUGAAAAUGGCCAAUUCUUGAAAGAGAGGCGGAUUCAAGAUUUUAAUUUUAGAGGGUCGGAGUUCAAUCUUUAUGAUGUUACCGCUAAACCAAUUGCAUGUUUCUACGUACAUGGGGUUGUAAACAUUUUUGGAUGGGGAAUCCUCUUACCUAUAGGUGUAAUAAUUGCAAGAUAUUACAAAAGACAUCCAUUAAAAUGUGAGGAAUGGUAUUCACUUCAUGUACUUUCAAAAGUAGCAGGAUUUGUUUUGGGCACAAUUGGAUGGGGUCUUGGCAUGUCAAUGAUGAAAAAUUCACCCAAAGAUCAACACACUAUGAUGAGUACUCAUGGAAUUAUUGGCACCAUAAUCUUCACUUUCACUACUAUCCAAGUUUUGGCGAUAUGUUUGCAGCCAGAUGAAGAAAAUGUAUACAGGAAAUAUUGGGUGAUAUACCAUAACAUUUUAGGUUAUGCUUUGUUAAUCCUAACAAUUGUAAAUAUAUUUCAAGGAAUUGACAAGGUAGAAGCAAGUCAUAGAUGGAAAUGGUCUUAUGUUGUAAUUGUAAGUGUUUUGGGAUUGAUUGCUCUUGUUUUGGAACUUCUUCCAUGUUGUAAUAUGAUUAAAAAUAAAUUUUACAGUAGUAUUUAA